AUGUCUUCAAGUACUGUAAUUUUUAUUGGUUCGCCAGAACGCAAUUUAAAAAAUAGCGCCCACAAGAAUAUUAAAAAUUUGUUUUUCGUUAGUCCUAAUGAUGUAGCAUCAAGGAUAUUUGGAUCAUUUGUUCCCCCUGUGAGUAAAAAGUAUCAGAAAGUGUAUAUAGAUUUAUUAGGACCGAUUCUAGGCUUUUUAAUAUUGACUGCUUUCUUGAAUUAUGGGUUCAGUUAUAAAGUUGUACAAAUUUCUUAUUCUCCCACUGAAAGCAUGUGUGCCUUUGGAUUUUUGAUGCCAUUACUAUGUUUUUUAUUAAGUAAAAUAGGUGGAUCUAAUGUAACACCAUUUGAAAUUGUGUCUCUUGUGGGUUAUUCACUGUAUGGUCAUAUUUUUACUCUUUUAGCCUCAUACAUUUGCUUUCAGGAGAGGAGCAAUUUUUUCUUUUUUGUCUGUCUCAUAUUUUUUGGUGGAUUAAGUACCUUAAGGCUGGCGUUAGUUUUUUUAUUUACUAUACCAAUACCAGCAGCCAGAUUAUUGAUUUGUACAGUUAUUUCAUUGGCUAAUAUUUUAUAUUUGAUAUUUUUGCAUUUUGCUUACAUGCACAGAACUUUUAUGUAUAAAGACGAAUCAUUAUGAGGCCAACUUUGUAAAAAUAUACAUUCCACAUUAAAUUACUGGUUCUAAAUAAUUUUUAUAGUCAAAUUGAGGAUGUAAUACAGUUUGUUGUGCAAUGGAUUGUUAAAAACCCUAACGAAAUUUUUGUAGAUUUUUUAAAAUAUUGUAUUGGCAUUGAAACAAUAAAAAUAUUGAUACUUAUAA